GCGGAGGGAGCAGCCGGAAGCAGUCCCUGGUUCAAGAUGGGGUCCCAGGUCUCAGUGGAUGUGGGAUCAAUGCACGUGGUGAUCGUGGGUGGGGGCUUCGGCGGAAUAGCAGCUGCCAGUCAGCUCCAAGCACUCAACGUUCCCUUCACGCUUGUGGACAUGAAGGACUCCUUCCACCACAACGUGGCAGCCCUCCGGGCCUCCGUGGAGAGUGGGUUUGCCAAGAAGACAUUCAUUUCCUACUCAGAGACCUUCAAGGACAAUUUCCGGCAGGCCAUGGUGGUCGGGAUAGACCUGAAGAAUCAGAUGGUGCAGCUGAAGGGCGGUGAGGCUCUGCCCUUCUCACAUCUUAUCCUGGCCACAGGCAGCACUGGGCCCUUCCCCGGCAAGUUUAACCAGGUCUCCAGCCAGGAGGCCGCCAUCCAGGCCUACGAGGACCUAGUGAAGCAGGUCCAGAGCUCACUGUUCAUCGUGGUGGUGGGAGGAGGCUCUGCAGGAGUGGAGAUGGCAGCAGAGAUUAAAACAGAGUAUCCCCAGAAAGAGGUCACUCUCAUUCACUCCCAAGCAGUCCUUGCUGACAAGGAGCUCCUGCCUUGUGUCCGGCAGGAAGUGAAGGAGAUCCUUCUCCGGAAAGGCGUGCAGCUGCUGCUGAGUGAGCGGGUGAGCAACCUGGAGGAACUGCCUGUCAAUGUGUGCCGAGAUUACAUCAAAGUGCAGACAGACAAAGGCACGGAGGUGGCCACCAACCUGGUGAUCCUCUGUAGCGGGAUCAAGAUCAACAGCUCCGCCUACCGCAGUGCAUUUGAGAGUAGACUGGUCAGCAACGGUGCUCUUCGAGUUAACGAGUACCUCCAGGUGGAGGGCUACAGCAAUAUCUACGCCAUUGGUGACUGUGCUGACGUGAAGGAACCCAAGAUGGCCUACCAUGCCGGCCUCCACGCCAACAUUGUCACGACCAACAUCGUCAACUCCAUGAAACAGAGGCCCCUCAAGGCCUACAAGCCUGGUGCACUGACGUUCCUCCUGUCCAUGGGAAGAAAUGACGGCGUGGGCCAGAUCAGUGGCUUCUAUGUGGGUCGGCUCAUGGUUCGGCUGGUCAAGAGCCGGGACCUGUUUGUCUCCACGAGCUGGAAAACCAUGAAGCAGUCUCCACCCUGAUGGGGAGGCCAGGUGAGGGGCCGAGGUUCACCGCGGACGGGUGAACGGACUUCUGGACAGACGGCACCAGUCUAACAAGUGCCAAAAGGCCGAGCUUUUUUGUAGAGUCCAGUGCAAACGAUGUACUGACUAGAAACACAACUUGUGUAAAACCAAGUUCACAAACUGGGAGAGAGAGGGUAACUAAACAAAGAUACCUGCAAGAGGAUUCUUUCUGGGUUUGAAAGGUCUGCUUGCAUCUGUGCUGGCUGAAUGGUUCAUGUGGUCUUGGGGAGGGCACAGCCAGCCUCCUCUACCCCAGGCUCCUCUUGGGUGUGUGUGUGGGAGGGAGGGAGGCUGGCAUUCAAUCUCUCAGAGUAGGGAAAGGAGAGAGCUAGCAUCCCCUUGGGAAGGGCAGGAAGGACAGCCUACAGAGUGAUACCAGCUGAGGCUUGGGAGCUGGGUGGAGAGUCGGCUUGUGCCCAUACCUCUCCCAUCACAUUAGAGUGUGGGGGCGCAUACCUCUUGCAUCACCCAAGUGAAAAGGGCAGUUGUUAAUAGGAACCUAAUUAUUUUUUAAUUUGGUAUUUAUUUCUUGAACAUCUCCUGUUCAUUAACUGAUUCAAAAAAUUUAUUAAGCACUUAGUAUGUGCCAGUCACUGUGCCACAUACCAUACGUGGUUUCUACCCUGUGGAGCUUCCAGUUUAGGAAGCUAUAAACAUUCAAUGAGAUAGGAACUUGACACAAAGAACUCAAUAAAUGUUAUUGCUUCUUUCUCCCUGAAUCCAAUUCAACAAAUUACAUACUGAGCUACCCCUGGGAACCAGAAAUGAUACAACUAGGGCUGAUAAAAAAGAUUUACAAUUUACCUCAGGCUUUCUCAAGUAUCCCUCUCUGAAGCCUCAUAAAAAGCCUGGUAACACUGGCUCAUUAGCUUA